CCCCUCGUUUGUCACUUGUCAGAAGAACGGCGCGCACGCGUUUUCCGAGGUUGUUGGUGUUUGGUCUCGGUGCGCCGGCGAAAACACGUUUGUUUUUGUAGAACUGUGAUGCUAGAUUCGUGCUGCAUGCCGCGGCUUUUGGAUGGUCGCUGUGUGCUGCAUGUCUUCCACCGUCCAACUGACAUGACACGCCAGUACUCGUUGGCUCGUGGAGACUGAACAUUGUAUCGGACAGCUGAAGACGACUACUGUCCUGUCAGGUUUCAUUUGACUGACACCAUGGCUGAUUCCAUGGAUCAACUCGUUGCAUCUUUGGGUGCCAGUUGUGAGGUGGACGCUGAUCCCUUUGAUACCAACAAACCACACCCUCAUUUUGCAGACUAUGCUCAUCUCCGCAAACCUGCUAGUUUGAUGGGAGACCAAGACAAACGUAGAUUGGAGUGUUUGAAGCGACAGAAAAGCAAGCGAGAUAAAGUUUACAACUUACAACGUCAGCUUCGAAAAGAGUUUGAAGCAGUGGAUGAUAGCGAUGACGAAGCACCCGAAACCUACGAGAAUCUUCAUAAGAAGUCUACAGAAACUACUCCAAAGAAAUGGACAUUCAGACAUGAACUGAUGUUGUCUGAGUGGUUGGUUGAUGUGCCGACAGAUUUGGAAGAAAAUUGGCUUCUGAAACCUUGUCCUAAAGGUCAACGAAUGAUGGUUGUUGCUACCCAGGGUACAACCAAAGCAUAUACCAAAUCUGGAUAUGUAGUCGCCACUUUCAGCUCAGGCCUACCUGGUGGUCACCGUGCUUCUCGCCAGGGCAUCACCAUUCUAGACUGUAUUUGGGACUUUGACAACCGUACUUAUUACGUACUUGAUGUUUUAGCCUGGAACAAUAUCGAAUUGCUUGACUGUGAGACUGAAUUUAGAUUUUACUGGUUGAAAACUAAACUAGAUGAGUGUCCAGAAGUUACAUGUCAUUCAGACAAAAACCGAAAUGCUUUUGUUCCAUUACAAUCAUUUGAGUGCUCAGAAGAUCACCUGAUAAAUGUGAUGAAUCGUUAUCCUAUGUUCUCGGAGGAACGGAACAAAGAUCCAGGGCUGGAUGGCAUGCUGUUUUACCAUAAAAAGAAUCUGUAUGAACAUGGAACCACACCCCUAGUAACUUGGCUGAAACCCUUUAUGAUGGAAGAUGUCCUGGGUAUCAAAGUUCAUGAAAGUUAUGUCAUAGAAAGACCAGAGAGUUAUUCUGGUCAGGCAGCUUAUAUCAAAGAAUUUGAGGAAGCUGCUCAGGCCAAGAAAGCUUCCUAUCGAGGAAAAUGGAGAAAGGGUAAAACAGGUGGAAAAGGGCAAGACACCAACAUGGAUUGUGCAGAAGACUGUGAUGAAUCCAAAAUGGACUAGUAUUUAAUUUAAACCAAGAAAAGAAAUGCCUAUCAGCAGAAAUUGUGUAAUUGUUUUGUUUGUAAAGAAUAUAUUUUGUUUUGUUGACUAAUCUUCUAUAAUUAGUAUGUAAGGUGAGAAAUAAAAGCACAUUGCUCUCA